GCAGCAGCAGCAAAAAAAACGGAAAGUUCAAACUAACGCGCGCGACCGCGUAUACGCAUUCUCUCGCGUGACUUCACCGACGGUGGAUGCUGCUGCUUCGGGGGUUUUGUCAACGGUUUUUCUCGCUUGCUUUUGGGCCAAUGUAAAAGCCCGUGUGGCAGUUGAAAUCGAUCGCGAGUGUUAAUUGAAUGAUCUUGAGGUGAUCUUGUGCGCUAUACAUGGUGAAGGAUGAAGACCUUCUAAUCACAGCUUGCGGUUAGGCGAUUUUGAAGAAAGUGGAUUCGGUUUUGUUUGUGGUUUGAAACGAAUAUAGGUGCAGCAGUGAAUGAUAUGUAUGUGUGUGUGUGUGUGUGUGAUCGAGGGUUUGAAAGUUACCCUGUGCAAAAUACCUGUUCCUGCCUGGUCGGAAUGGUGUAAGGAUUCGAAGUAGAAAGCAAAAAGGCACCGAUAGCCCUGAGGCGUACCUCGACACGCACACUGUGAGGUGGUUCUUCAGGUCGUUUGGUAAAAAUAAACAGCCAAGAAAAAGGAUCCCAUGUUCCCGUGUGGUGUGGAUGAGGAAAGCAGAACAAGAAACCGGACUCAGGUUGGAGUGCGUUUAAAUUUGCUCACUGGCACAUUGACUCAGGGUCUCGUUCUAUCUCUCUCGUUCGAGAUGACGAUUAGAGAUUUGUGUUACAAGAAACAGGAAACCCCUUGGUGAAUAGUGGCAAGUGACGAUCGGGUGGAUUGUGUGUCCUUCUUGGUGGUAGAGUAGCGUGAGCGAUGGACCCACUGUCCAACCGCAAUCGAAAGAACAUACUCUCCCUGAGCGCUCAACGAACAAUUCCAACUACGACGGCAACAGCAGCGCCUAACGCGACGUCCGCAACCAGUAUGGCGACACAUCUGCACAACCAUCGCCAGCAGCAUCAGCAACAGUAUCAUCGACAACAGUCAUCCACCGGACAGCCGCUUGCUCCGGUGCUGCCAACGGCGAGCUCCAGCCCACUGGUGCACCCUGCUUCUGCCGGGCAGGACACCCGUCAGUAUCUUCCAAACCAUCCCCAUCAUCACCACCAUCAUCAGCACUACCAGGUGCAUCAGCAGCAGCCGAAUGGUGACGGAUUGCCGAAAGCGUUCGUGGCCGCCAUGCGCACCCUGUUCGACAUCAUGGACGAUCGCAAAACAGGUUUCGUGCGCUUGGCAGACAUCGAGGAGCGCUGGCAGGACGACGGUUCCAAAGGGUUGCCGCGCGGCGUCAUCGACAGCCUGCGCAAGGUAACGCCGCCGAACGGACAGCUCUCGUUCGAGCGCUUCUGCAGCGGUCUCAAGAUCUGUCUGUUGCGCAACCAAACGAGUCCACUAUCGGCGUCACCCGUUGCGCCCGGUGCCUCCCAUUCGACGUCCUCCUCUCCUCCGCUGGCCCGAGACGACCCGGGCCUGAAAGGGUCGAUGGCUAAACUGUCCCUCUCCCGGCCACCGUCAGCUCCACUGCUCGAUCUCGAACCGGGUGUUGGGGGUGCCAACAAACUGCCCACGUUGGCACCUGCGUCAGCGUGGAGCACUGCAGGACCGACCAAUACGGCCACCGUACGGCCAAACAAUGCGAUGCCGGCACAGAAAACGCUCAGCAUGCCACAGCUUCUCAGCCCCGACGGUGAUCUCGAUCUUGAGCCACCGCCCAUCAUACUGCCCGGCGCGUUUGGACCUCCGAAGCCACCGCGUGUAUCGUUAAACCUCGACCGAAAUGCUCACCAGCACCAGCACGCCCAGCAGCAACCGUUGCAGCAUCAUCACCCGAUCGGUGGCAGUUCCAGCAUCGAUAAGGCGGAAAUUCGGAACGCACUCCAGAACUGGCAAAUGUCGCUGCUCAUGGGAGAAUCGGGCGGAGAUAAGGGAGACCACCCCGGCAAAGGCACGCUCCGACCGCUGGCCCGCGGUUCCGCCGAUGGACAAACGGAUCUCUCGACUUCCUCACCCUCCCUGCAGUCGAUCAAUCAGCUGGACGGUGCCCGGCUAAGCUCCGGUGGUCUGUACCAGAAAAAGUCUCCCGGUGCAGCUGGCCGCCGCCGGGAGCCUAGACGGCACACGCUCCAGAACGGUGUCGACUACAACAUGCUCAAGCGGCUGAAGCAGAUCGAACAGGAAAAGGACAUCCUGCUGCAGGGACUGACGGCGGUCGAACGGGCCCGCGAAUGGUACCACAAGCAGCUGGCGACCGUGCAGGAAAAGAUGCGGUACCUUGGCCGUCCCGGAUCACACAUGGAAACGUGGACCGAAACGCAACAGGAACGGUUAGACCUGCAACGGGCCCGCGUUCUCGAGGUGAACCGCCAUCUUAUGAUGCUGGCCGAAAGCUGGGAACGGGGCGGUUUCCCCAUGCACAUGAAUCUCGCCCUCCGUCCCCUUCCCGGAACUCUUCUGGGAGCUCCAUCUCACUAUCAGCAGCGUGCUAUUCACCAGCAACGUCCAUCGCAACCCCAACCGACCACUUCCAUUCCACCGGCCGUUCCUCCACCACCAGCCGCGUCCUCUUCUGCAGGCAGUUACCAGUCGGGACCUUCCCAGACGCAUCAUCUACCGCAGCACCAGCAACAGUCGCCGGAAAUGGUUAACCAUCUGAAGCAACAGAACCAUCAGCUUUGCGAGGAGAUAAACCAGAAGAAUGAAAAGCUCUCACUGCUCGAGCGGGAAAAGGCGGCGCUAAUACGGGAACUGUUGCAACUCCAGCGUACGAACCGUGCCAGCAGCAUGAUAUCGAACACGGAAGAGAUGGUGUUCUGAUGGACGGUGGAAGGCGUACCGAUAAUCGAGGAGCCAGUGCCAUUCCGAGUGAGGCGACAGCUUUUGCAGAGAUUUCCUUUUGACCAAACGCUAGUCAGAUGAAACUGUAUAAAAACCGUUGCACAGCCUUUGGGAAAGAAAAGUUAGGCAAAAACCAACGUACAGGAAGCUUCUUUCAUUACCGUUUACAGUGAAAACACAGCCAAAAUCGUGUGAAAUUGUUUAAAAGUAAAAGAUAAAAGAUAUAUUAAUGUAGUGAAACCGUUCA